UGACGCCCCUUGCUCCACUUGGGGACUUCUACUGGACCCGACCAAGUCAGACGCCACUGCCGCGGCUCCCGCGAUUCUGACCCUGCGCUAUGGAGAACGGAGCGGUGUACAGCCCCACCACUGAGGAGGACCCGGGCCCCGCCAGGGGCUCCCGGAGUGGCCUAGGCGCCUACUUCUCCCUGACCCGGCUCCCUUGGUAUCGGCGGAUCCUCAAAGGCUUGCAGCUGUUGCUGUCUCUGCUGGCCUUCAUCUGUGAAGAAGUUGUCUCACAAUGUACAUUGUGUGGAGGACUUUACUUUUUUGAAUUUGUAAGCUGCAGUGCCUUCCUUCUGAGUCUCCUUCUGCUGAUUGUGUAUUGUACUCCAGUGUAUGACAGAGUUGAUGCCAUAAAAGUAAAAUCAUCGGAUUUUUACAUUACAUUGGGAACAGGAUGUGUAUUUUUGUUGGCCUCUAUCAUUUUUGUUUCCACCCAUGACAGAACCUCAGCUGAAAUUGCUGCAAUUGUGUUUGGAUUUUUAGCAAGUUUUAUGUUCCUGUUUGACUUUGUCGCUAUGCUUUUUGAAAAGCGACAGGAGUCCCAACUGAGAAAACCUGAGAAUACCACUCGAGCGGAAGCCCUCACUGAACCCCUUAAUGCUUAAAGACUCUGGGGAGCAGGCGUUAUACAAGAUGGUGACACAGUUGUGAUGCCUGAGCUCUGGCAGAAGUCCUGUAGAAUUUGUGUAAUUGCUUAAACCACUUCAUUGGAGAGCCAGGGGAAUGGCGGGAAGGCAGGUUUAUCAAUACUAGGCUGAGUGUCAUUCACCACAAAUUAGGGCAGAGGGUUUUUAUUUUUAAUUGUCAAAAAAAAAAAAAAACUUGUGUUAUGGCAUUUGUCUUUUUUUUUUUUUUUUUUUUUUUUUGAGGAGGACAGUUGUUUAGAUCACACAGCUCAACUGAUGAUAAGUGAUUCUGUCAUUCUGUUACCGGGCAUUCUCUUUAUUAGGCUUAGCUUCCAGUAUGCUUUCUAGCUGUAUAAACAGCAUGAUUAUAUUCAUUCAUUUAGAAAUUGUUUCAUUUUUAAAUUAAUUUGCUUAGCUAUUUGCAUUUUUAUUAGAUUAUGUUCUGUUAAUGGAAAUUUAAUGUAUAUUUUAAGAGACCAAUAUUUAAAACGUUGGUCUAGGUUUUUUGCUUACUAUAUAAUACUUGGCUUUACUGUAUCUCACUCAGCCUUAAAAUUAUAUGGUAACAUUUUAGGAUAAUUAUUAACUCUUUCUGAUACCUUUGUAUAGCUUAAUGUAAAGUGUCUGGGAGCUGUUGGUAUUUUAUGUAUAAAAGCAGCAGCAACCUCAUGUUUAAUAACUGCACUUUGAUUGUUGAGAUCAGGUUUUGAAAAAUGAUUGUUAUAUAACACAUAGAAAAAUGGAAGAAACUGAUAUUAUACCUAAGGACCAAAGAAAAGUAGAUUUUUUUUUUAGUACAGCAAUUAUAAAAAUAGGCUUCAACCACUUACAUGUAUGUGAGGAGAUGAGUUCAUACCAUGAGUUAAAAAAAGGUCUGUUACCCUAUUGGCAUGUGAUCAUUUCUACUUGUUGCAACUCUGUGGGUCCUUUUUAGUUCUCUUUGAGCAAGUCUUCUUUUUAAAACCUCAGCCUUUGAUUUUUCAUCUGUUUGAGAUGCUUCCUUUUCUGUCUUAUCAGAAUGGUCCACAGUGCUGCUUCAUCAUCCGACAGAGGUGGGCCUCUGACUCUUCCUUGUUAGUUUUCUGUAGGUGGCCCUUUUAGAUGUGAAAAGUGUGUAGCAGGAGCCUUAGGGUCCUGUUCCCAUGUGGGCAUUGCUCUAGCUUCUUUUAGGAGGAGGCAUCUUAAGAAAGCGGAUUUCCAGGAACCUGGUCCAGAUAAAUACUGUCAGUGAUGUAAGGGAGUAGUCAAACUAUUCUCAAGAGACUUCAGUUCUGAUAAUUUGGAAGAAUUGUCUGUUGCUGACUAUCUAAUAGUCACACAGACAGGGCACUUGAUAGGACCUUUCUGCCCAAGUCAUACAGACUAGACUUUUUUUGUUCUCCUAGAGUUUUGACCAAAGAGACUCCAGUGUUAAGAUCAUGAACCCAGAAGUCACAUCCUUCUGUAUUUUGGUGGAGUUUUUCUGGGCUCGGUUUUCUAUCUGCAGCAGUGGAAUCAUGUUUCCAGUGAUACAGUUAGUGGUCACAUUCUUUUUAGUUUCUCAACUGCCAUUUGCAUGUUGUAGAUGGGUUUUAAUUGCUUGCACAUGGUCAUUGUGGUUCUCAAAAAUUGGUCCGACUGGGCAGACAUAACUUCUGCUCCGUGUUACAGGCUCGGUCCCUUUUAUUCAUUUGUAUCAUACUUUAGAUGCUAGUGUUAAUGAUGGUGUCACUACAGCCUACUUGAGAGAUAAUGAAAUCAAUCAUGGAUUCUGUUUUUAUCAGGCUUAUCAUCUAAAAAAGGAGAAAUAAAAGGUCCAAGAAUAAAGACCGAUUCAAAGAUAAAAAAAUUAUGGUAGGCAGUUGUAGAAUUUCAGAUCAUACUGUGUACUCUUGUCAUUUUAAAUGUCAUCUACACCCAUAUAGAAUUCACAGCAAAUUGUCUGGGCUACCUCAGGGUCUCCACCUCUGUUAGUCAUCUUUCUAUUUUAUAACAAAAUUCCUGAGAAAAUAAAAAGAAGACAGGGUUCUUUUGGGAUUACAGUUUUGGAGGUUUCCGUCACCAUGGUCAGUGGACCUUGUUGCUUUCGUGUCUCCGGUGAGGCAGAACAUCACGGUGAGAAACGUGUGGCAGAACAAGCUGCUCCGCUCAUGGCAGCUGGGAAGCAAAAAGGGAAAAAGAGCCGAAAAGACAGAAGGCCUAGAGCCCCCUUCACGGCACACGCCGUCUCCUAAACUCUCUUAUUAGGUCCAACCUCUUAAAAUUUCCACCACCUGUUAAAUAGUGCCAUUCUGGAGAACAAGCCAGCAAUGCACGGGCCUUUGGGGGACAUUCCAGGUGUGAAUUAUGGCACCAGCCACGCUUUGGGCUUAGUUAGAAU